CCUUCAUGUGAGCUUUGCUGGUCGACUCGCCAGGCCCCGGGCCUCAGUAUCUCACACAUCGUCAGAGCAGAGCUAUCGCGCACUCAGUGUAGUGCCGUAGUCAUCUCUACGAUCCUCUUCCUCGACUCUUCAUCACCGUCCCUUCAUUACUGACCCGGCCAGAUAUCGCUACAAGUUUCGACCGCUAUCACUACUCAGCGAAGAAGCAGUUUAACAUCUCGUAUAUCCAAAGAUACACUCUACGAUCCUCACUCAGAGACCUUCAUCCAUCAUGGCUCUCCGCGCCCAAGUUUGGCUUUUGGUUCUAGGGUUCGCGGCCGCCCAGACAACGAAUGAAGCAUUCCAAUGCGAACGUAAUAUUGGUUUCCCAAAAGCAGUUUGCUUCACCCAGAAGUGUGCUGAUGCUAUUAAUGGCCACAUCAAACAUGAGCUAGAUGCAGCAUUCAAGUACAUGUACAUGGGUGCCAAGUUUGCCCAGUUCACCGAAGACAGGCCAGGUAUCGCCCAUUUCCUGAUGGAAGCUGCAGCAGAAGAACGAGGCCACGCUAUCCAAAUGAUGGACUACCUCAACAUGCGAGGCAUAAAGCUUACACCCAGCUUUACAUAUGUGUUUCCGUUUGAUAGUCAGCUGACCCAGGAAAUCCAGAACAUGACAUAUAGGUCUGCUUUAGAGGAAGCGAUCAACAUGGAAAUUCAAGUGACCAAUCUGAUUUACAACGUGGUGAGUGAGUGCGUCCAAGACUAUCAUGCAGCUGAUCUGUUCACCAGUUCUAUCCUGGGGGAACAGCACGAAGGUGUUCGCAAGUUGCAGGGAGCUCUCAAGGCCUACGACGACUUGUCCCUCAACUACAUUGGAGAAGGAGCUGAGCUGGCAGAAUAUAUCUUUGACCGGAAGAUAAUGAGUGAAAAGCUUUAAGCUCAAAAGUUCAACUGAUGCUCUGCCAGGGUCAGAUUCACGAAGCAGUUUCGCAAGUACUUACGAACGUGUACAUCUUUCCACAAUCUUUGAUGGUUUUGGUUACAUUUAUUAAACAGUUUACAAGCAUGAAAACUUGCCAAUCAAUUGUUGUUAUUGUUAUAAACAGCCUCCUGGUGCUUCGGAGCUCAUUAACUGUUUAAUAAUUGUAAACAAAGCCGCUAAAGAUUGAGAAAAGAUGUACAGGUUCGUAAGUGUUUGCGUAACUUUUUCGUGUUCCCUGGAAGGAACAUAACUUUGUAAACUGAUGCGCUAGGAUAGAUUAAUGCUAAAUAUUGUAUGUACUAGAAACCGUUUUGAUUAGAAAUUGAUCACCACCCGUUUUUUUUUGACCAUAUGAAUUGUUGCCUAAGAAAUAUAUAAAGUAAUGAAAUAUA